GUGCGCUUGCUUAUUUCGUGUGGUGUCGAGAGUUGCAUGGUCGUGUGCAGCUGCUAGACGAGUUCUCAGUAAUGCACAUUUAAACAUAACAUAUCUCAAGUCGCCUAGCAACAGCAUGACCCUGGUGUUAAGCUGCGCGGCGCUGCUAGCUAGCGUUGUGACUCUUUCGUGCGGGCUGGGGGUCCGCGGCGGAGCGAACCCCGCCGGCUCCCGGUUUGUGAAGACUCGGACAGUCCGGGGUGUUUUUGGCAGUGCUGUUAACGAGGGCUCGGCGCCGGACCCCCCCGCUUUCGCCCUGCACCGCGACAGUGAAGCUGACAAACGCAGCACGGAGCUCGGAGAUGCCUGUAACGACUGGAGAGGGUUUGCAGCCAGGCUCGCUAACAACACGCACCCGUUUCCCUUCUUCGAUCUGAGUGGCUCGGUGUCGCUGGCCUGGGUGGGCGAUGGGACCGGAGUAGUCCUGGCAUUGACUACGUUCCAGGUGCCGUUACUGCUGGUGAAAUUUGGCCAGUCCAAACUCUACAGAAGUGAGAAUUACGGGAAGUCAUUCUCGGAUGUCAGCGGCCUCAUUAACAACACCUUCAUCCGCACAGAGUUCGGGAUCGCCAUCGGCCCGGAGAACUCCGGCAAGGUGAUCCUCACGGGAGAUGUGUCGGGAGGGAGCGCAGGAGGCAGGAUUUUUCGGUCUCUCGAUUUUGGGAACAGGUUUUCCCGUACGGAUCUGCCCUUCCACCCCCUGACGCAGAUAACCUACAACCCCAGGAACGCCAGUCAGCUGCUGGUCCUCGGCAUCAACUAUGACCUAUGGCUCUCCCUCGACUUUGGGGAGACGUGGAUAAAGAUGCACGAGACUGUCUGCCUUGUGAAAUGGGGUCCUGAGAACACAAUCUUCUUCACCACCUACCCCAACGGAUCAUGCAUUGAUCGGGGGAUGCUGGAGCUCAGGAAGACGUCCGAUUUUGGGAAGUCCUUCCAGACGAUCGGCACCAAGAUCUACUCCUUCGGUCUGGGCGGCAAAUUUAUCUUUGCGUCCGUCAUGACUGGAUCGGGCACGACACGGGUGAUCCACGUGUCGGUAGACCAGGGGGAGUCAUGGAACAUGGCCCAGCUCCCCCCGGUAGGUCAUGAGCAGUUCUACUCCAUCCUGGCAGCCAGUGACGACAUGGUGUUCAUGCACGUGGACGAGCCAGGGGACACCGGUUUUGGCACGAUCUUCGUCUCGGACGAUCGAGGAAUCGUUUACUCCAAGUCCCUGGAGAGACACCUUUACACGAUGACGAGUGGGGACACGGAUUUCACCAACGUGACCUCUCUGCGGGGGGUCUACAUGACCAGCGUCCUGGCUGAAGACGGCUCGGUGCAGACGGUGAUCACGUUUGACCAAGGAGGAGAGUGGAAGCCCAUUCGAAAGCCGGAGAACAGUCAGUGCGACUCCACAGCCAAGAACAAGGAGAUGUGCAGCCUCCAUAUCCACGCCUCCUACAGCAUCUCUCAGAAACUCAACGUUCCCAUGCUGCCCCUGUCCGAGCCCAACGCUGUGGGCCUGAUCAUCGCUCAUGGCAGCGUGGGGGACGCGAUCUCUGUGAUGACCCCCGAUGUGUACGUGUCCGAUGAUGGGGGGUACUCCUGGAUCAAGGCUCUGGCGGGACCCCAUCACUAUGCCAUUCUGGACUCCGGGGGGCUCAUCGUGGCUGUGGAGCACAGCACCUCCCAGCCCAUUAAACACAUCAAGUUCUCCACAGACGAGGGGCAGUGUUGGUACCGGUACAACUUCACCGCUGACCCGCUGUACUUCACGGGCCUGGCAUCGGAGCCUGGGGCCCGGUCCAUGAACGUCAGUGUGUGGGGGUACCGGGAGACUUUGAUCACACAGUACUGGGUCUCUAUCACCAUCGACUUCAAUGAGCUGCUGACCCGUGACUGUGAUGAGAAGGACUACAUCCAGUGGCUGGCUCACUCCGAUGACCUGAGCGACCCCAAUGACGGCUGCAUGCUGGGGUACAAGGAGACGUUCCUGCGCCUCCGCAAGGCCUCCGUCUGCUGGAACGGCAGGGACUACCUCGUCAACAAGCAGCCCAGCACCUGCCCCUGCACCCUGGACGACUUCCUCUGUGACUUUGGAUACUUCCGUCCGGAAAACCGCUCGGAAUGCCUGGAGCAGCCAGAUCUUAAAGGUCACGACCUGGAAUUCUGCCUACACGGGAAGGAGGAGCUACUCCAGACCACUGGCUACCGUAAGAUUCCGGGGGACAAGUGUGAAGGCGGGACCCUCCCGGAGAGGAAGGUGAUCGAUCUGCGUAAGAAGUGCGUGAGCAACCUGCUGGAGCCGGCGCAGCUGGCUACCACACCCUCCACCAGUCCUGCCCCGAUUGUGGCUGCAGUAAUCGGGGUGCUGGCGAUAGCGCUCGUAGCUGGGGUCCUCCUUGUGAAGAAAUACGUCUGCGGAGGGAGGUUCCUGGUGCACCGGUACUCCGUCCUGCAGCAGCACGCAGAGGCCAAUGGGAUUGAGGGGGUGGAUGAGCUGGAGACUAACUCCACCCACUCCAGCAGACGGGACUAUCAUGAUGACUCAGACGAGGAUCUCCUCGAGUGAGAGAGCAGAUGAAGACCACGCCCCCCCAGCCUGCCCAGCCCAGCCCUGCAGAAUGCCCCCCUCCCCCUCGUUUUCUGGAAAUACAAAGCAAAACUAAACCUCUCUACUGCAAACUUCACCGUGCACUAAAGAAACAAUUAAACUAACCAUUUAAAUACAUUGCAGUCUGCAGACCAAUAGGCAAACACUAUGUUUUAUGUUAGCAGAGAGAGAAUUGAAAUCAGCAAACAGUACUAUAUACAGCUUUUUCCUUUUAAACUUUCUUUUUUAAUAAAUGGAUUCCUGUUGAGCGCUGUGGAGUGAGAGAGAAUAUUGCAACACUGACUGGAAAUGGUGUUAAUACAGGCUAGCGCCCCCUAUGGACUGUAUGCAGCGCUGCCAAUCUGGAGGCAUUGGGAAUGAAAGUACUCUGUUUACUGGCUGUUUGCACAGAGCUCGCAGGCCGUCAAGCUGAAGAUGUGCAAAUGUUGGCUUUGUUUAGGAUGACUGUACUUUUGCUUGUCGUCUUUUUGUUUGUUUUGUAACUUGCUCGUUUUUGUUGUUCUUGUGUGCGUUUCAAGUGCAACAAGACGAGAGGAGGUUACAUUCCCUCCGAGGGCAGACUGGGGGUGAGAAUUUCUUUACUGUUGCAAACCCAGAUCUUCAGUGGAUCCUGUCGUUCUAAUAAUUUGAAAUGCGCGGCUGAUGGCGAUGGUUUUGCAGAAACGUCAACUGCAUCAGUACUCAUAUUGGACUUGCAUCGUAAUUAUGCUGCUCAUUGUGUAAAGUCAUCGCAGACUGCUGUCAGCUCAGUCCUGUGAUUGCUUGUUUUUAACACAGAUCUAGCUCUGUUUGGUAGAGAUUUAUAUGUCCAAGGCUUAGUAAACUGGGGUAGAAUUUAUUUUGACAAAGAAUGCCCCAUGGCUCCUCGGCAUAGUGUAGGUGUCAUUUUAAUUUUCAGGUAAAGUUUUGAAAUUGUAAAGCUAAGUUUUGUCCUCUGCACCAGGAAUACUGAAUUGUAAAUAUUCACAAUGCUUAGUUUUCACAGACUGGACAGCAAGGUACCAGUAAGCUUUGCUACAGAAGAGUAAGAGCUGGCUACUUCUGUUAGAUCGUUUUUAACCUAAAGACCAACCUCAAAGAUUUUGGUAUUAUUUUUCUUUUCUAGUUAAGCAUUUAAUUGAUAGAGAAAGUCGGGGGUAUUAGACCAAAAAGCUUUUUACGAAUUUCAAAGCCAUUAAAACAUCAUAACGUUUGAAAUGAUUACUAACGCAAUUUUUGAUUGAGCAAACAUUUGAAGGAGUCUUUUUGACACUUUGAACCAGCCAGUAAAGCACUCGAUUCUGGAGGUAUGCUAAUUUGUGUGUUUUUUUUUUUUUUUUUUUUUUUAAUAGAUUGUAAAAUGUUGUGUGUCUCUAUCUCUGUGUGUGUGUUUGGGAAAAGCUUCCUGGCCCAAGUCAGGUUUUCAAAACUAUUCUGCAGCCCGGUUCUUAUUUUUGACCCUUGGUGAGGAGGAUCAGAAUUGAGCACCUGUGAACUUAGCAAUAAAGCAGAGAGUGUCCGGCAACAACAAACCUGCAGAACAAAUGCAGCAUCAGUGUCUGCUGUUCCUCCGAGUACAACCUUAACAUGGAGGAGGCAUCGCUGCAGGCAGAGGAGCAGCUUUUUAAAAGGCUCUGUCUCAAUAAGCUCUAGAUGAGGUUUUACAAGCUGCUGAGAGUCUUAAACCUGUGCAAAGCUGAACAGCCCCCAGUGAAUACUUGGCGAGUUAAGGACCCCCUAGGAGGACUAGUCUUGGAUUUGCAUGUGACGUUUGGGUCUUACAAAAUGUUCCAGCAGUGCUGAAUGCAUUGUGAAUUUACUAGGGGUAGGAGAAUGGAAUACUAGUUUUGUGGUGGAUUAAUGUUGUUUUAUAUCCUGAUUUUGUAGGCUUGAAAAAGAUAAAUAAACUUAACUAGCAGCCUUGUACUUCAGUAUGGGUUUUUUUAAUGCACGAAUAGUCUUUUUCAGUAGUGUUGAAACAAAACUACAAUACUGUGGUAGAGAUUACAAACCCUACCUCCGAAUGAGCCGAAAAUCCUGUCGUUAGCCAUAAAAUACAGAAAGGACCAACCGGGACAAACAGGCUGCAGCUCUGAGCUUAACCCAGAGGUGCUUUCCUUCGGAACAGCUUUAGAAUGAUCGAACAUCGCACAUUCUAAAUUCAGAGCGCCAAAAGAAAAUCUUUAUAAUCGGAAAUCCAAGCAUGCAUUGAAAUCCGAACACUGGGGGAAUCGUAGAGGGUUAGAGGAACACCAGCCAAGUACCCUCAAAUCUGUAAAUUUGAGAUGGUCAGUCCCCUCCCCCCCCUGGUGGUUUGAGAGGUGAGCAUUUCAGGAAAGUUUGGGUCCUAAUUGCAAACCAAUGGGGUCAGUAGGGUCAGGGGCUGCUUGCACCACUGGAGGGUCACUCUUGACACGCUUUGUGGAACUGGCCAUGCUUGGUUGCCUCUGUCAGUAAACACAGAGGAAGAGCUUGCAGCUGGUGUCUGAGAUCCAGCCGUGAGCGAUGCUCUCGUUAAAUUAAAAGCAAGCCUUGCAAUGUGAAUUUCGUUUUGAAGUCGUACCGGCGGUGGAUGGCGCUGGUACCGCGGGCUUGCUCUGAAGGAUGUAACACAGCGUCUGAACGAGGACAGCUCUCUCUGUUCCAGUGCUGCAUGUAGACUUCAGUGCCGGGCUGUCAAAGGAUUGCUCUAACUUAAAUUUUUUCUGUAUAUUUUGAAAAUGUUUGGUUUACACUGUAUUAAUAGUAAUAAGAACUGUGAUUAAAAAUAAUAAACUUAACAGUACUUUCUUUUCUUUUCAUUGCAAUGCAAGAGUUGUUCCCCUGCUACUGCAUUAAUAAAGACAAUGUCAUUUUAAAAA